GAAAGAACCAUCUAGAUUUCCAAUGUAUUUAUUUUAUUUUAUUUUCUCUACUUCGUCCCAAAGGUAAAGAAAAAACAGAGGUAGAGAAUUCUAGAGCCUUCUUUAUUUUCUCUAAAUCUCAGUCAUCCAUUGAACAAUCUCUCUUAUAAAUUAUAUCCCAAACCCAAAUCCUUUCCCUCAAGCAAUUUGGGUGAUUCUUUCUUUUUCUUGUGGUCUCCAGAGCUUCUCUGUUACAUCGUUUAUUUUCUCUCAAGAACUGAAGAAAAAAUCCGAAUAGAUUAAAACUUAAGAAAGAUCAAAAGAUGUUUGGAAGAGCACCUAAGAAGAGUACUAACACCAGGUACUAUGAGAUUCUGGGUGUUUCGAAUAACGCUUCCCAGGAUGAUUUGAAGAAAGCUUAUAAAAAAGCCGCCAUUAAAAACCAUCCAGACAAAGGCGGUGAUCCUGAAAAAUUUAAAGAGUUGGCCCAAGCUUAUGAGGUAUUGAGCGAUCCUGAGAAACGUGAGAUAUAUGAUCAGUAUGGUGAGGAUGCACUCAAGGAAGGAAUGGGUGGUGGUGCCGGUGCUCAUGACCCGUUUGACAUCUUCUCCUCCUUCUUUGGUGGUAGCCCGUUUGGAGGUGGUAGCAGUCGAGGUAGAAGACAGAGGAGGGGAGAGGACGUAGUUCAUCCUCUGAAGGUGUCACUAGAGGACCUUUACCUUGGGACUUCAAAGAAACUUUCUCUCUCCCGGAAUGUGAUAUGCUCGAAGUGCAAUGGCAAGGGUUCAAAAUCUGGAGCUUCAAUGACGUGCCCUGGUUGCCAGGGUUCUGGGAUGAAGGUUUCAAUCAGGCAGCUUGGCCCCUCCAUGAUUCAGCAAAUGCAACAUCCUUGCAAUGAGUGUAAGGGUACUGGCGAGACGAUCAACGACAAGGACCGCUGCCCUCAGUGCAAGGGUGAAAAGGUUGUUCAAGAGAAGAAAGUUUUGGAAGUCAUUGUAGAGAAGGGUAUGCAGAAUGGACAAAAGAUAACAUUCCCUGGCGAAGCUGAUGAAGCGCCUGAGACUGUUACUGGGGAUAUAGUCUUUGUCCUUCAGCAGAAGGACCAUCCGAAGUUCAAGAGGAAGGGAGAAGACCUGUUUUUGGAACAUACUUUGUCUCUUACUGAGGCAUUGUGUGGCUUUCAAUUUGUUAUUACCCAUCUUGAUGGUCGACAACUUCUAAUCAAGUCGAACCCUGGGGAGGUUGUGAAGCCUGAUUCUUGCAAGGCAAUCAAUGAUGAGGGGAUGCCAUUAUACCAGAGGCCAUUCAUGAAGGGCAAAUUGUACAUUCAGUUCACUGUUGAAUUCCCUGAUUCCCUUAGCCCUGAUCAGGUUAAGGCACUUGAGGCCAUCCUGCCUCCAAAACCAACCUCUCAGUUGAGUGAUAUGGAGCUAGACGAGUGUGAGGAGACCACGCUAUAUGAUGUGAACAUUGAAGAGGAGAUGAGGAGGAAGCAGCAGCAGGCAGCGCAGGAAGCUUAUGAGGAAGAUGAAGAUAUGCAUGGCGGUGCCCAGAGGGUGCAGUGUGCCCAGCAAUGAUGAUGAAGCAAAAAAGAAAAAAGAAGUUGAUAUAUGGUUUCAAAAGUAUUCUCGAGGAUAUAGAAAGCUGGUUUCUCUAGUAAUGUAGAGUGGUAAAGCAUAUCUUGCUCAGGUGGUGGAUGAGCGGUGUUAUUAUUGUUAGCCUGAGAAGAACCGAGUACUAAGUAUUUUUUUUAUGUCUCUCUUCGCAAAAGGUCCACAUCUUGUAGUGUUUCUUGCUGGUAAUUGGAAAGUAGUUAAUAAGGGAGAUAAAGUUCCAGCGAAGACAAUUUGCUUUCUUUCA